AUGCCACUCCGCUCCCGCAACCUACCCCAUUCAGACCGACCCCAGUGCCAGGCGCUUGUGUCAUCCCGCUACGCGACUUCAGCCGAGCAAUGCCUUGUACCAUCUCGCCGCGAUUCCACGUUCUGCCAUUUGCAUUACAGGUUGAUCCGACGAAAUCUGCGAUGGACUACGAUGCGGAUGCAAGGCAUGGAGGUGACCUCGCUCACAGCAUCCAGGCACGGUGAUCGUAUUCUAAAGAUUGAGAUAAAGGAUUGGGUGUACAAUGAUUCGGUCCAGAUCGGUUCGGAUGAUGAGGAUAUGGGUGACAGCUUCAGCGAUCGCUUAGUUGACGAGGAUCCUUUGGACAGCAGCUCCUGGAGCGACGCGGACGAAACCGUGUCUGAUUCCAGGGCCCCGAAUUCGGAUGGUGAAUCGGUGCUCUCGAUUGGAAACGUCGGUAGAGGCGCUCAACCUACUCCGCGUCGUUCACGUAAUAUCCAACGUCCAACAGCCAGUCAUCGACAAUUCAUUCCGCGGCCCGCCAGCAUUCCCCGGGAUGAGACCCCUCUAGAUCGCACAAUUCCGGAUUCUUCAGAUCGGGGCGACUCUUCUGACGGCGGGGGUUGGCCUUUCGGCUAUCCUCCCUCUCCCCGCAAUCACUUGGGCCUAUUUGGUAGUGGAUACGCUCUUCAGACGGAGAACAUCUCCAAUCGCUCGUUGUCGUCAUCGACCGAUACUACGCUUCACAUGGUUCAGGACUUGGACGACAUCUCUGCCCUUGUGAAUGAGGCUAGUGAUUGCCCUAUCUGCCAGGAGAACAAGUCGCCGAUGCGGCAGUUAUAUGACUGCGGACACAAAUACUGCUCUGAAUGCCUUCAGAGCCAUGUCACUAGCGACGGCGAGUGGCGGCUUCGCUGUCCUAUGGAUCGUAGCUUGAUUCAGUAUAUUCCAGGUCCGGAGUACGAUGGGUGGGACGAUGUGUAA